GUUAGAAAUGAGUUAGACAAAGGAAUUGUACUGUUUAAAACUAUUAGGGAUUUAGUUCAGUGCACGCAAGAAUCCAGCUAUUAGAUUGCAGCAAAAUUUGUUAAUUUGGAACUUGACCGGGGAUGGUCAUACUUGGCAUGCAACAAGUGUAGUCGAAAGGUGGAAAAAGUUGGAAAUAAAUACUUUUAUGCCAAAUGCAAUGAAGAAGAGUCUUCUGUUACUCACAGGUAUAGGCUUCAAGUUCGUGUUAUGAAUGGAACCGCUUUUAUCUCAUUGUUGCUUUGGAAUCGCGAAGCUAUGCAACUUAUAGGGAAGUCCGCAAAAGAACUUAAGGAAAGAUUAGUUGAGACUUCACUUGCGAAUGCUGACUGUUCUUAUCCAAGUGAAAUGGACGAUAUUCUUUAUAAAAAAUUCAUGUUCAAGGUUAUUGUUAAGCAAGAGAAUAUUGAGUCGCAGGUCGAAGUCUACAAAGUUCUUAAGUUUACUGAUGAUGAUGACCUUCUAAAGGAAUACGACCAUACUUUAUUCGAAGACAAUAUGAAUGAUCCACAUUUUUUGGAUGGACAAAGCUCAAGUGGAGAUAAGCUUUUCGGGGAUCUUAUGGCCGAAAGUCAGCUGAAGUCUGUUUUGCAAACUCCCAUUGAGAAAAGUGUAUCAGAAAGUGGAUCGUCGGUGUUAGACGAUGGAGAUGCUUGCAAUGCAAAAAUAUCCCCUUUGAAGACAUAUGACAAGAAAACUAGAUCCGCUAAUAAGGCAUCAGCAGAUGAUGACUUCAAUUCUCAACUGUCUAGCAACAAGGUUCGCAGAGUCAUAAAGAAAGAAAAGAAUCCCUGAUUGGUCUUACUGCAAUGCGUCUUGCUCUGCACUUAUAUAUUUUGUACUUCUAUCGCUUCAAUGUUCUGCGUUUUAUAUGUUAUAUGGUGAAAUGACUCUACCUAUGCAACUUCAUAUUUUCUUUAUCAAUCAUGAUGCGAUUCUGUUAAAAAACUAAGUGUUGUAGUUGGUAAGAUGCAAAUUUAUAGGUUGCGCUUUUGGAAUUUAACAGAUGACUUUUUGCUGCCUUGUGAA